AAGAAACGGUGGUUAUGCAUGACGAAAAGAAGUGAUCGUUAUUUGCCGAUCGGGAGUUCCGAGAUGACGUCUGGCUCAAUUUAAUUUUGAAAGGUCCCCCCGGAUGUUCUAAGCUUGUUGUUGUUGUUUGUAACUUGCUGGAUGUGAUGAUGGACGUCUGUUGAGGUCGCUGGCCGCCGAUCCUCGAUAGUUAUCGUAUUGCUGAGGGUCGAUCGACUGAUCAGGGCAUCAUGUUGGCCAGGAAGGGUUUGCUCCCCGACGGCUUCCUGUUGACCCGUUUGGCGGAAGACCAGAACCAGCCGAACCGCAGCAAGAGCCGCUCACAGAGAGCCCGCUUCAUCACGAAGACCGGCUCGUGCAACGUCGCGCACAAGAACAUCCGAGAGCAGGGCCGCUUCCUGCAAGAUGUCUUCACUACCAUGGUUGACCUGAGGUGGCAGCACUCGCUUCUGAUCUUCACCUCUGCGUUCCUCUGCUCCUGGAUGCUGUUUGCCAUGAUCUGGUGGCUGUUAGCCUUCGCCCACGGUGACCUGGAGCCUCGAUCCCCGGACCAAGAGCCGGCGCCCAUCCCCUGUGUCACAGCCAUCCACUCUUUCACCUCAGCCUUCUUGUUCUCCAUCGAAGUCCAGGUGACCAUUGGGUUUGGUGGCCGGAUGGUCACGGAGGAGUGUCCGCUGGCGAUCACCGUGCUGAUAAUCCAGAACAUUUUGGGUCUGAUCAUCAACGCCGUCAUGCUGGGCUGCGUCUUCAUGAAGACAGCGCAAGCUAACCGUCGCGCGGAGACGCUCAUCUUCUCCAGAAGCGCGGUCAUCGCCCCACGAAACGGAAGGCCGACCUUCAUGUUCCGUGUGGGAGACCUUCGGAAGAGCAUGAUCAUCUCCGCCACCGUCCAGCUGCAGGUGAUCCGGCGGACGGUCACGGCAGAGGGCGAGGUGAUCCCGCUCUGCCAGCUGGACAUCCAAGUGGAAAACCCUCUGAGGAGCAACGGCAUCUUCCUGGUGUCUCCUCUGAUUGUCAGUCACACGCUGGAGAGAGGAAGUCCCCUCUACGACCUGUCGGCUCAGUCGCUCAACUCAGAAGACCUGGAGGUCAUCGUCAUCCUGGAAGGUGUGGUGGAGACAACGGGGAUCAGCAUGCAGGCGCGGACCUCCUACACGCCCGAGGAGAUCCUGUGGGGCCGCCGCUUCGUCUCCAUCAUCACAGAGGAGGACGGCCGCUACUGCGUGGACUACUCCAAGUUUGGAAACACAGUGCCAGUGCGCAUGUCAUCACUCAGCGCUAAAGAGCUGGAUCAGACCCGCGGGAUCCAGGACACUGGUGGGGACACGCAGCUCCAGGGCUGGGGUCUGGUCCGGGCGGGGAGGGGCGGCUUCCGCAGAGGUGGUCGGACCUGUCACGCCUCCACCUCGCAGCCUUGGUAUGCCCAAGCCGAGAAGCCCGACAAUGAGACCGAACUUAAAGGGCAAAAGAAAACGGUUUUGCUGGAGGUGAUUGGACGACAGCAGGAGGGGGAGGAGCUUGGAGAAAUGACUGACACCUGACACUUUGCUGGGUCUUCUUUUGUGUCUGUAUUUUAAUAAUUUAUCAAGUAAAUGAUAGUGAAUUCUACUUUUAAUGAGUGUUUCCUGUCUGAACUCUAGUCUACACUUUCAAAUUCUGUAAAAAAGAACAUCAGUAUUUUGAUUUUGACCAGCAGACGUUACCAUAAACAACAACAACACAAGUCACUUGCUCAGGAUUUAUUGAUUUAUUUUGCUACCCCCUUGACACGUGAAGAAUGAGGUCUUAAAUACAGAAGCUUUCUUUCACAUAUAGGUGACUCAGGAGCGGCAAAGAAGCAUAACCAGCAGCGAGCCAAUCAGAGGCAGCAGGGGCGUGGCCUUGGCCAGGGUGUGGCCGCUGUUACAGAGGUUGCUGCUGCAGCAGCGGAACAUGAAGUCGGAGAUGAAUGGAAACAUCUGAGUCAGCCGGGAGACGUUGCACUCUGUGUAUCGCACACACUGUCGCACAGUCCGGCCACCUGCACACAGACACACACACACCAAGAGUGACAUAUAUACAGAAGGAGAAGACACUAGUGCGACAGUGAGACUCACAAAUGCACCGAAGAGACCGACACAAAAGAAACAAAACAGAGCCAAAAAUAAAACCCGUACAAUGCAGAC